AUGGCUUGUUUGUGCACAUGGUCCGAUUCCGAUGUGGAAGAAUUUAUCGCUUCUGAUCCGAUUCACGGCCCAACUCUGAGGACUGCAAGGGAAGCUGUAAAAUUUGCUGCAACAGGAAGUAUUAUUGGAGCAAUUUUGACUGCUGGAAUUUCUUGGAAGUAUUCCAGAAGCCCUCAUGGUGCUGCCUUGUCCUUUGGAGCUGGAGCUGUCUUUGGUUGGACCUUUGGGCAGGAAAUUGCAAACCAUUGGCUGCAACUGUACAGGUUGGAUACCAUGGCUGCUCAGGUCAAGUUCUUGGACUGGUGGGUGAACAAAACUGACCGACAGUGAUAGAUUCAUAGGGUCCUUUAUCCUUUCCCAAUAAGAAAGCCAUGAGAGGUGGUGACCAAGAAACUGUGAGACAGCUUCCUAAUUUGUGAAUUUUUUUUCUUGAAAGUACUUCUAUGCAUGCUCUCAUUUGAUGGAGCAGUGACCUUGUUCUAGCUUGAUCGAAGUACUGGUUUGAUAUACUGUUUUUCUUCUCUCUUUUGUACUAUCGUUAGUAGAUAUAUCACUCUUGAAACCUUUGUUUUUA